AUGCUUGUAGUGCAUGUGAGAGAAGCGAGCAAGAAAGAUGCAGCCUGGUUUUGUGCCAGUCAGCCGUUGCUUUGUUUCUACCAUAGCCGACUUUUGCCUGCUGAGAACCUUCGGGUGGAGUUUGGUGGAGAUAUUUGGGAUGGAGAUGAUGGAGUGGAUGAUGACUUUGUUACGUCAGGACCAGAUCCCAGCCUUUUCGCCAUCACUGCAAGGAAGACUGUCACUCUCCAGCAGGCAUAUGAUGCUGAGACGCAGCGACUCCUGCAGGUUUGGGUGACUGAGAUCAAGGAGAAAUUCAUCCAAAAAUGCCAAGCUGCAGCGGAUCAGCGGCAGUUUUCCUGCCGCAUGGAUGUUAACCGUCCAGACCAUCUGUCGUCCAGGGAUGUUCGUGAAGACCUCUUGCAGCAGCAUCUCCAGGGCAUUCUGGCGGAGUUGGGCUUCCGGCAUGGAGCUGUCUCUCCUUUUUUUUGGAAGCAGGUGCCUCGCCGUCGAGGCUACGCCUGGGUUCGCUGCACCCGUCUGACAGCCAAUUGGGACGCAGAUGCGCCCUCAGCCGCCCCUAAGUUGAGUGAUUCAGAGCUCUUUCUGGCACACUUUAGGGCCACUCUGGAGGGGUACAGACUUGAAGAGGAGUCCAGGUUUCGAAAAGUUAUGUCUGUCGCUCAUAGAUGGCGAAAUGGCGUGAAGGUGGACGAUGCAACCUCCACCAGCCCACCACCCAGCAGCACCUGCGCGACGUGUCCUAUUUGUUGGCAGCAUGGCCCUGCCGUGGUCCUGAUGCCCUGUGGCCAUGUGCUUUGCCGCUACUGCCAUUUUACCAAGAACUUUCUGAUCGAGUUCUGUGCCUUGGGACUGGAGGAACUCAGAAAGCUGAGUGAAGGCGCUGGUGAAGAAGUUGACGCAGGAGCUGAAAAGCUUGGCGGAAGGGUCGAAUUCAAGGCCAGACUUGAGAUCCAUGCAAUCUUUUGUGCCCUGAUUUGGCCUUCGCAGUUUGAUGUGGAGAUAGGUGGCAGCUCGCCACGGGUUGAUCUCAUGCAACUUUGCCAUCGUUGCAAAGGACUGCUUCGCCCGUUUUUUCUCAGCCUUCUGCACUGCAUGGCCUUCGCUCAGCGGUUGGCAAAGAACCUCAACACCUAUGCUGCGGAAACUCAUCGCUUGAUAGAAAAAAGGUUUGCUGACGUAAGGGAGCACUUCAUGGAAAGAUGUGAGGCCGCGUCGAAGAAUGGAGAGUCGUGCGACUGGUGUGACUAUAGUUUUGACCGUUUAGCAGAGAGACGAGAUUACGACGAAGACGUGGUCAAGAGGAAACUUGAAGAACACCUAGCCGACUUGGGCUUCCAAACUUUGUCAGUCCGGAGCGCGAACAAGAUUGAUUAUUUACAGGUGACUGCCUCUUGGAGUGCAGAUGCCGGGAGUUCCCGCAAAAAGAAGCACAGCAGUCGCCCCUCCGGUGGCACCAGCGUGACGUGCCCCAUCUGCCACGAGCAUCGCCCAGCCGUAGUUCUGGUGCCCUGUGGCCACGUGGUCUGCCGCGACUGCCACUGUGGCCAGCAGCUGCGCCAGUGCCCCAUGUGCCGGGCGGCGAUCAAAUCGACCAGCCGUGGGCUCUUCAUGGACUGCCCUUUGAAUUUCAAUCUGGACGCCUUGUGUUUUUUGGUGUUGCCCCACAGUGAGAGGGCGUGGCUCGGUCCAUCUCAGUCCUUUUUAAGCAUCCGUGUCGAUGCCCAAAAGCGGUGUUCGACCUUAGCAGCCGUGAGUGCAUGUGAAAGGCGAAGAAAGGGGGCUUCCGCUACUGGCAUCGAUGCAUAUCGUGAGGAACUUAGACUGCGUUGCGCUUUGAUUGCAGCCUUCUGCAUGGCAUUUGCUCAGCAGUUGGGGAGGAGCCUCAGGGCCUAUGCUGUUGAAACUCAGCGCUUGAUGGCCAAAGAUGUUGCUGACGUAAGAAACGAGUUCAUGUGGCUCUGUGAGGCUGCAUCGAAGGCUGGCGAGUCGCGGUGCUGUCAUGAAUAUGACUUUAGUCUAUUAGCAGAGAGAAAGGAUUGCCGGCAAGACAUGGUCAAGGAGAAACUUGAAGAAAACCUGGCCGACUUGGACUUCCAAACUUUGUCAGUGUCGAGAUUGUGGCCUCUUCAUGGUCUGAACCUUGUGGGCUGUGCUACGCACCUGGCUGGCUUUGGUGGGCUCUUGUUGGUGAGAGGAUUACAACCAACAGAUGACGGCAAGGAAAGGACUUUAGUCUACGUUCCACUGGAGUCUCCACGGCACUGCGGUACGAGUGCAGAUCUUGCCAUGCUGGCUCGCAAUCUCACUUCCGAUCAGAGCCAGACUUUCGCAGGGAGUUUGUGGUUGAAGCAUUUGGUGCAGUUGGAGGUGAAACCGGGUGAAGCAGGAUCUCCAACCAUUUUUGCCAUCGCUGCACAGACCGUCAAUCUGCAGCAGGCGUAUGACGUGGAGACGCAGCAGAUGACGCAGCAGUGGGUGGCGGAGACCAGGGAGAAAUUCAUCCAAGAAUGCCAAACUGCAUCCCAGCAGCGGCAGUUUUCCAGCCGUACGUGGGUUACCUCUCCUGGCCACCUGAUACAAAGGGGCGUUCCUCCCGACCUCUUGCGGCAGCAGCUCCAGGGCGUUCUGGUGGACCUGGGCUUCCAAGAUGGAAGUGUCUCUGCAUUUCUUCACUCCAGAGGCACAUACAUGACCGCAAAAUGGGCCGCUGAGGAUGCGACCUCCACCAGCCCCGAGCGGAGCCCCAAAGCCGCAAGCGGCACCUGCGUGACGUGUCCCAUUUGUCACGAGCAUGGCCCAGCUGUGGCCUUGGUGCCCUGCGGCCACGUGCUCUGCCGCGACUGCCAUCGUUCCAAACAGCUGCGCCAGUGCCCCAUGUGCCGCAAGGCACCUGGCCUUGGUGGGCUGAAUCUUCUUAUCCUCUUGGAUGAGAGGAUCCUUCGGCAGGAAGAGGACCGUCUGAUGGAUCGGCCUCAGGCCACUGGAUGGCAUGAGGGAGCAGCCACCUUGGGUUCUGUAUGGGCGCUGGUAACCAAUCCAACACUGUUGAAAUCAAGGCUGGGCGCCACGGCUGAUGACGGCCUAGGGUGGCCGGGUCGAAAGGUUUCAAAGUUUCGCAGAUCUCCGCCACUCAUGUUUGGUGCGAAAGCUGGUGAAGCUUCAAAGGAAAUCGGCCUGGACCAAUGGGUGACUGAAGAGAAAGAAACUGCGACCAGCCCCAUUUCAAGGUGCAUUUGCCUGCUGCAGAGGAGAAGGGGGUUUGGGUCUCCUGACUGGCAUGACAUGGACCACCUGUCCUUGUCCGUCAUGUCGUUCGUGCAGCAGUUGGGAAGGAACGUUGUCCGAGCCCAGCAGCGGUACGACAUGGAACGGCAGCAGUACGAGGCCGAGACGCAGCGACUGCUGCAGCUCUGGGUGGCUGAGAUCAAGGAGAAAUUCAUGGCCGAAUGCGUCGAAGCAUCUCACAAGCGGCACCUUUCCUGCACUAUGGUGGUUGGCCAUCCUGACCACCUCGCAGCCAGGGGUACUGGCGGAGACCUGCUGAACCAGCUCUGGGGCAUUCUGGCGGAGCUGGGCUUCCAAGAUGGAAACGUUGCUCCUUUUGCUAAGAGAGCGCUUAGGCCUGAUUCCAGCUACUGUGCCCUUCUUACCGGCAAGUGGACCGCCGAAGAUGCAACUUCCACCAGCCCACAGCAGAGUCCCGCAGCCCGCGGUGGCACCUGUGUGACCUGUGGUCCUGGUGCCCUGUGGCCACGUGGUGUGCCGCGAGUGCCACGGUUGUCAGAAGCUGCGGCAGUGCCCCAUGUGCCGGGAGGUGAUCGCAUCGACCAGUCGUGGGCUUUUCAUGGACUGAGCAUCCUGAGCCCCGACUCUUGCCUGCUGAGAACCUUCGGAUGGAGUUUGGUGGAGACAUUUGGUGAGUCUGGUGCUGCCCAAGAAACAAAAAACAUGUGGUCGCAGAUGUGCGUGAAGAAGUUGACACAGGAGCCAUUGCAGUGGAGAGCCCUCUCCCCUGUUGAUUUGGAAACCCCAAUCCGUAAUGUUUUCAUCGCCAUCAUGGCCAGGUGGCGCCGGUGUGCACUGGAGCGACUCGACGUGCCAUGGUCCCAGCAACAUCUCAAAGAUGUCCAGAGAGUCCCUGCCAACGGGAGCACUCUUCACUGCAAAGGGAAGCUGGAUUUGACCAGACUUGCAGGACACAGCGGAGGGAUCAGGGGCAGUUUUGGACAGUUUCAACAAAGGAGGUCUCAGUUGGGAAGGAACGUUGUCCAAGCCCAGCAGCGGUACGAGAUUGAAAGGCAGCAGUACGAGGCCGAGACGCAGCGGCUGCUGCAGCUCUGGGUGGCUAAGAUCAAGGAGAAGUUCAUGGCGCAAUGCGAAGCCGCCUCCCAUCGGCGGGAGCUUCGCUGCGCCAUGCAGGUGGACUAUCCCCGCGACCUGGGGUACAGGGAUUCUGUUGACCGAAGCCGCUUGCAGCAGCAGCUCCAGGAAGUUCUGGUGGAGUUGGGCUUUCAAGAUGGAAAUGUCUCUGCUUUUGGAAGGAGACAGGUGCCUUGCCCUCCCUCAGGCUACAAACGGGUUUGCCAAGCAACUAUGUCCGCCAAUUGGGCUGCCGACGAUUCGACUUCCACCGGCCAGGAGCGGAGCCCCAAAGCCUCGGGCGGGACCUGCGUGACAUGUCCCAUUUGCCACGAGCACCGCCCAGCCGUGGUCCUGAUGCCAUGUGGUCACGUGGUGUGCCGCGACUGCCACCGCUGCCAGCAGCUGAGGCAGUGCCCCAUGUGCCGCAAGGUGAUCACAUCGGCCAGCCAAGGGCUCUUCAUGGACUGAGCCCUGCUGGGGAUUGUUGGUGCACCGGGCUUGGGUAUUGCUGGCUGCUGGAUCUUCUUGGAUGCGAGGAUCUGGCUUGGCGCAUGGAAGUGAAAGGUGCUGCAAUUUUGGAUCGUUGGUGGCGAGCCUCUCUUUGUCUCAAGCUGGAUUUCUGAGAGAAAAUUGAUGCAAGCUAUGAUGCGUGCGCAGCCAUGAGUGCAUGUCCUCUCCC